GCUGUCCUGUGAGCAGUCGCUGGCUACGACUCGAUCAUUUGGAGAUAGUCCGAGCCACAAAACUCCACUCCUUGGGGAUUUCUCAUAUGCAUCUGACAAGAUUUCGUGUUAAGUGGAAGACUCACCAAAUCAAACCUCAUACCUAAAUACAGAAUGAGAAUAUGGUUGUCAAAAUGCUUCCUCCCGGUCCUGACAGUUUGCGGCCAUUUACCAGAGAGUCCUUUGCGCGACUCGAGAAGAACAUUGAAGAGGACCUUGCACGCAAAGCCAAGCAGGUUGAGGUGCUUGAAGAUCAGAUAUUAAAUCCAAACAAUGGACUUGAAGCUGGCAAAAAUCUACCACUUAUCUAUGGAGAUCCUCCACCAGAACUACUUGGGACUCCCUUGGAGGACCUUGACCCUUUCUACAGCACACAGAAGACAUUCAUUAUCUUGGAUAAAGGCAAAUCAAUAUUCCGGUUUAGUGCCACCAAAGCUUUAUAUCUGCUGGACCCAUUCAAUCCUAUCCGAAGAGGAGCCAUCAAAAUCUUAAUCCAUUCAUUAUUCAGCUUGUUUAUCAUGAUAACCAUCUUAACAAAUUGUGUCUUCAUGGCCAUGAGUGAUCCACCAGCCUGGUCGAAGAACGUAGAGUACACGUUUACUGGGAUUUACACAUUUGAAUCAUUGACAAAGAUUCUGGCCCGAGGGUUUUGCAUCGACAGUUUUACAUUCCUACGGGACCCGUGGAAUUGGCUGGAUUUCUGUGUCAUUGUCAUGGCUUAUACUACUGAGUUUGUAGAUUUGGGGAACGUGUCCGCUCUCAGGACAUUCCGAGUCCUCCGUGCCCUUAAAACAAUCACAGUAAUUCCAGGGUUGAAGACCAUUGUUGGUGCACUUAUCCAGUCAGUGAAGAAACUUGCAGAUGUGAUGAUUCUUACAGUCUUUUGUCUUGCUGUCUUUGCGCUGAUUGGACUUCAGCUAUUCAUGGGAAACCUGAAACAAAAAUGUGUCCGAUGGCCACCAUCACUGGAAGAACAUCAGUACUUCGCCAGCACGACUGUAAAUGCUACCGAUGACAGUGGAAUGGGCUUUUAUUCAGACUAUUAUGACAGUAUCGACAUGUUUCAGAAUGUUACCAUUGACUGGUCGUCCUACCUCAAUAAUGAAACAAAUUUCUACUUCCUGGAGGGAUCAAAUGAUGCCCUACUUUGCGGGAACAACAGCGACAGUGGGAAAUGUCCAGAAAGUUUCAUGUGUAUAAAAACUGGGAGAAACCCAAACUAUGGUUAUACAAGCUACGACUCAUUCAGCUGGGCCUUCCUUGCACUCUUCAGAUUGAUGACCCAGGAUUAUUGGGAGAAUUUAUUCCAGCUGACACUACGAGCAGCUGGGAAGACCUACAUGGUAUUUUUCGUGGUGGUGAUAUUCCUUGGCUCCUUCUAUCUGAUCAACCUUAUUCUUGCUGUGGUGGCCAUGGCGUACGCCGAACAGAAUGAAGCUACCAUCCAAGAAGCCCUGGAAAAAGAGAGAGAAUUUCAGGAGUUGCUGGAGCAGCUUAAAAAGCAUCAGGAUGAGCAAGGGAGAAGGAAGUCCAGUGUGGCCUCGAUGUCAAACCUUGAUGUUGAGAAGAAAAAACCCCCAGAUGAAGAUGAUGGCACAGAGAAGAAAGAUUGCAAUGGGAGAGCAAUACCCAAUAUUGUUAUAGAGAGAGUUGCCUCCUUAGAUGAGGAUACAAGUUCCAUGAAGUCUGAGUUGCAGAAGGAUUCCAAAAUACACCUGGAAGAGCCAACCAUGCAGAAGAGAGCUGGGAGUACAACUAGUGUUAUUUCCGACGCUGCCAUUGAAGAGCUGGAAGAAGCCCAGCAGAAGUGUCCACCGUGGUGGUAUAAGUGCUCUCACCGUUUUCUGAUCUGGAACUGCUGUGAGUUGUGGGUAAAGUUUAAAGGGUAUGUGCGAUUUGUGGUUAUGGAUCCAUUCGUAGACCUUGGGAUUACCAUCUGCAUUGUCCUCAACACGCUUUUCAUGGCUAUGGAGCAUUAUCCCAUCACUGACCAGUUUGCAGAAGUGCUGAACGUCGGAAACCUGGUCUUCACUGGCAUUUUCGCUGCUGAGAUGUUCUUUAAGAUCAUUGCUCUGGACCCAUAUUACUAUUUCCAAGUUGGGUGGAACAUAUUUGACAGCAUUAUUGUCACCUUGAGCUUGGUGGAGCUGGGUCUUGCAAACGUGGAGGGACUAUCUGUCCUACGAUCAUUCCGUCUGCUUAGAGUGUUCAAACUUGCAAAAUCUUGGCCAACGUUGAACAUGCUCAUCAAAAUCAUUGGCAACUCGGUAGGAGCCCUUGGGAACCUCACUUUGGUGUUGGCCAUCAUUGUGUUCAUCUUUGCAGUGGUGGGAAUGCAACUGUUUGGGAAGAGCUACAAAGAGUGUGUGUGCAAGAUCUCCUCGGACUGUGUGCUUCCUCGAUGGCACAUGCACGACUUCUUUCAUUCCUUCCUCAUCGUAUUCCGCAUCCUGUGCGGAGAGUGGAUUGAGACUAUGUGGGACUGUAUGGAAGUAGCAGGUCAAGCUAUGUGCUUAAUUGUAUUCAUGAUGGUCAUGGUCAUCGGGAAUUUGGUGGUUCUCAAUCUCUUUUUGGCCCUUUUGCUGAGUUCUUUUAGUGCUGAUAACCUCUCGGCGUCCGAUGAUGAUGGAGAGAUGAAUAACUUGCAGAUCGCAAUAGGAAGGAUCACUCGAGGCAUUGACUUUGUGAAGAAAACCUUUUUCUCCCUUCUACAUAUAAAGAGAAAAGAGAAAAAAAAAGAAGAGGAAGAUGAGAACGAGGAUGUAACCAAAAACAGUUUUGUUCUAAACCACGUAAAUACGGAACCAGAGCCAGACAAGUUAGAUUAUCCAUUUCUUGAUGGUGUGUCCAAAAGAGAGCAAUAUUUUAUGGAUGAAUUUGAUCAUACAAAUUUUAUUAACAACCCGCACUUUAGGAUAGAGGUACCCAUUGCCUCGGAAGAAUCUGACUUCGAUGUACCUGAUACGGAUGAAUUCAGCAUCCAAUCAGAGGUAGAGGAGAGCAUGCUACAGAAGAAGCGGCGGUUUGAUGACGGCUCUUCAAUAUGUAGUACAGCAGAUUAUAAACCACCCGAGUCUGAUGUGGAAGAAGAGGCAUUAGAUCAUAAGGAUGAAGAUGGCCCGCAGGAUUGUUUUACAGAAGCCUGUGUAAGACGAUUCCCCUUUCUUCAUGUGGAUAUCACAACCGAGAAAGGAAAGAUGUGGUGGAACCUUCGAAAAGCAUGCUUCACGAUUGUUGAGCACAACUGGUUUGAGACCUUCAUCAUAUUUAUGAUUUUACUUAGCAGCGGAGCUCUGGCAUUUGAAGAUAUCUAUAUCGAACAGAGGAAGGUUAUUAAGACAAUACUGGAGUAUGCCGAUAAAGUGUUUAGUUAUAUUUUUGUAUUUGAAAUGCUUCUCAAGUGGGUGGCCUAUGGCUUCAAGGUUUAUUUCACCAAUGCUUGGUGCUGGUUGGAUUUCCUCAUUGUUGAUGUUUCUCUGAUCAGUCUGACGGCCAAUUGGUUGGGCUAUUCUGAACUUGGCGCUAUUAAAUCUCUUAGGACCUUGAGAGCUCUAAGGCCGUUACGAGCACUGUCACGAUUUGAAGGCAUGAGAGUGGUCGUUAAUGCACUUUUGGGUGCCAUCCCUUCCAUCAUGAACGUUCUGUUGGUUUGUUUGAUCUUCUGGCUAAUCUUCAGCAUCAUGGGUGUGAAUCUAUUCGCUGGGAAGUAUUAUCGAUGUAUCAACACCACCACGUCAGAAGUCUUACCGAUCGACUUUGUCAAUAAUCGGACUCAGUGCUUUGCGUUAAACUACACCGAGCAAGUGCGAUGGGUUAAUGUCAAAGUUAAUUUUGACAACGUGGGUCUUGGCUACCUCUCUCUGCUGCAAGUGGCAACCUUUAAAGGCUGGAUGGAUAUUAUGUACGCCGCUGUGGACUCUCGAGAUGUGGAAGAGCAGCCGGAAUAUGAAACAAACCUCUACAUGUAUUUAUACUUUGUUAUAUUUAUCAUAUUUGGAGCCUUUUUCACUUUGAAUCUGUUUAUCGGUGUCAUCAUUGACAACUUCAAUCAGCAAAAGAAAAAGUUUGGGGGGAAGGACAUCUUCAUGACUGAGGAACAAAAGAAAUAUUACAACGCUAUGAAAAAGCUGGGAUCCAAGAAACCUCAGAAACCAAUUCCGCGGCCAACGAACAAAAUUCAAGGUCUAGUGUUUGACUUCGUCUCCAAGCAGCUCUUUGACAUUGUCAUUAUGAUUUUAAUUUGCCUCAACAUGGUGACAAUGAUGAUUGAAACCGAUGACCAAACUCAGGAAAAAGUAGAUAUUCUCUUUAAGAUCAACUUAUUCUUCAUUGUCAUAUUUACAACGGAAUGUGUACUCAAAAUGUUCGCUCUCAGAUACUACUUCUUCACCAUUGGAUGGAAUAUUUUUGACUUUGUAGUGGUCAUCCUGUCUAUUGUUGGGAUUGUCCUCUCGGAUCUCAUCGCGGAGUACUUUGUCUCCCCUACACUUUUCAGAGUGAUCAGAUUGGCGAGAAUUGGCAGAGUCCUUCGACUUAUAAAAUCGGCUAAAGGGAUCCGUACAUUACUGUUUGCCCUUAUGAUGUCUCUACCAGCUCUCUUCAACAUUGGCCUUUUGCUCUUCCUGGUAAUGUUUAUUUACUCAAUAUUUGGGAUGUCCAACUUUGCCUAUGUGAAGAAGGAAUCUGGAAUAGAUGACAUGUUUAACUUUGAAACUUUUGGAAACAGCAUUAUUUGCUUGUUUGAGAUCACCACCUCUGCUGGAUGGGAUGGGCUUUUGAAUCCCAUAUUAAAUAGUGCCCCACCUGACUGUGAUCCUCAUUUGGAGAACCCUGGGACUGCUAUACGUGGGGACUGUGGGAAUCCAUCCAUUGGCAUUGUCUUCUUUUGCAGCUACAUAAUCGUUUCAUUCUUAAUUGUUGUUAACAUGUAUAUUGCAAUCAUCCUGGAGAACUUCAAUGUGGCUACAGAAGAGAGCAGUGAACCUCUUUGUGAGGAUGACUUUGAGAUGUUUUACGAAACUUGGGAGAGGUUUGACCCAGAUGCAACCCAAUUUGUUGCCUACAGUCGAAUGUCAGAUUUUGUAGAUGCUCUACAAGAGCCUUUAAAGAUUCCUAAACCAAACAAAAUUAAACUAGUUACUAUGGACCUUCCUAUGGUAACUGGAGAUAAGAUUCAUUGCUUGGACAUUCUGUUUGCAUUGACUAAAGAUGUGCUGGGAGACUCCGGAGAAAUGGAUGCACUUAAGGCCUCAAUGGAAGAGAAGUUUAUGGCAGCAAACCCAUCUAAGGUAUCUUACGAACCUAUCACCACAACUCUUAAAAGGAAGCAAGAGGAGGUUUGUGCCACUAAAAUCCAGAGGGCAUUCAGAAGACAUCUACUCAAGCGUUCAGUGAAACACGCAUCCUAUGUCUUCCGGCAUAGUCGAGAUUUAGACUCUGAAGCUGUGGAACCACCAGAAAAGGAAGGAAUGAUUGCCGACAGAAUAAACGAUGCAUAUGGGCAAUACUUAGAAGAAAAUGGAACUCACCGCCCCACAUCCAUGAAUAGGGAGUCCCGCAGCAGUAGAGAUAUUGAUUAAAUAGCUUUCAAGUUGGUCUCAGGCUAUGGAUAAAAAAAGAAUACUGAGUUCUGAGCAACUUCACAUCUGCUUGGACUAUUGAAAGUGUGUCUGAAUUCUACACGAAUUUGCAGUUCUGUUGACAUUUGUGUCUUUCCUGCAAUAGCAACAACUCGUUACAACACAAGACGAAAGUGCACGCAAGGGUACUGGGUUCAAGGAGUCUUAAGCUGGGUCACGGUUCAAGUAUACGAACUAAAAGAUAAUUAUUUUUUUUAAAUAGUAAUACAUGGAAUGACAAGGGCUGUUUUCAAUGUGGGGUGUGAUGCAAAUGUACAAAGAACACAACCCUGUUGGAUAACGUGAAUGUAAAACCACCAUCACAAAUGUAAGAGUGAGUUCUGUAUUUCAGUGCGUGCUUGCAAUAUUUCACUGUAUUUAAACCUGCAACAACAGCAAAUGAACUGACAAUUAUGCAACAAAAUUGUACGAUAAAUAUCACAAAUGGGAAUUUUGUUUAUUAAAAUUUCAAACCACUCCGUAGCAGUUUCUAUAUUUUACGUUAGAAGAAUCCAGUAUGCAGCGCUAACUACAAACAAUCCUUAAGGAGAAAUUCACUAAAAUCAUUGUUACAUCGUGUUUUGUGAUUGCUUUUUGUUUACCAGAAUCUUCACAAUAUAUUAACUAGCCAUAGACCAAGCUGUUGUACAGUAUAAUAGCUUUGUAGGUGGUUAUAGUGGCAUGCCAAAUAUGUAUUUUUUUUAAUGAAGGCGAUCACACUUCUAGCACUAUAUUAUAAAAAAAUC